CUGGGCGAAGAGCUCAGGACCGAGUUUGCACCUGUAUAUUAUGCGGACAGGGCAUCGACGACAGCGCUAGGCACGAAGACUCUCGGGAACUCUGCAAGCAGUGCCAGUGCCCACAAGAAGGGCGUUCAAGACGACGACUUUGACGCUUGGGAGUUGUACGGCGUCUAA